AUGCGGCCGGCCGAAUCGACAGCUCAUGACUAUAUUCUUCAGACUCCACGAGGCUCUCUCAAAGGUCUCGAACAACGGGAUCUCUCGGGCAAAACCAUCCUCUAUCGCUUUACCAAAGUCCCGUACGCUCUUCCACCCACAGGUGCACGCCGCUGGCGUCAGCCCCAGCCAUUACCCAAGGAAUUCACGUUCAAUAAUCCCCAAGGGGCACCGGGGGACUAUACGCGGUUUGGCCCUAUCUGUCCCCAACCACACUAUGACCAUGGCUCGAUCAUGCUCACCAACCCGAAUGCGGCCCCACCUGUAGACAACAUCCAGGACGAGGACUGUUUGUAUCUGAACAUCUGGGUGCCCGCCUCCGCUCCACCAGACAAGAAGGGCUGGCCUGUUCAAUUUCACAUUCACGGUGGCUGGCUCCAGAUCGGCGACGCCCUCCAACAGGAGGACCACGACCCAUUUGACCUGCUCGCGAACACGAGGCCCCGAAUCAUCGUCAGCCCGACGUAUCGACUCAACCUCUUUGGCUUCCUUGCUGGUGCCGAACUCGCCAGUCUCCAUGAAGAUCCCUCGCCGUCAAACUUCGGCCUCUGGGAUCAACGUGCUGCAUUGGAAUGGGUUGGCAAAAACAUCCAGCUAUUCGGCGGCGAUCCCGGCAACAUCACGGUGGGAGGCCUUUCCGCAGGCGCGAAUAGCACGUUCUUCCAGCUGAACUACGACACACAGCUACCUCGCGAGAAGCGCCUCGUCAAAAGAAUAUACCUGUGGUCCAACGCCGUUGCAAUACAACCCAAUCCGACCACGUCUCCGGUGCUGACGCAGCAAUUCAAUGACUUAUGCGCAAUCUUCGAUAUUGCGGCAGAAUCCUCGCCACGGGAGAAGCUUGAUCGGCUCCGCCAAAUUCCGUCUCAAGAUCUGAUUGCGGCGCUCGCCAAGAUGAAAAUGCACACCUUCCGCUCCUCCACAGAAGAUUGCUUCAUUAACUCGACGUUUCUGUCCUCCUUGCACAGUGGCACCUUCACGACCCAGCUGGCGCAGAACAACAUCUCUGUCUUCCUCGGCGAAGUCAGCGACGAGAAGGAGCUGUACAAGAUCGUCAACCCGCCUUCCACGUAUCAAGGUCUACUGACGCAGCUGGGGAACUACUACCCACAGCAUGUCGUCAAAGCUCUGCUAUCGCUCUACUCCAUCCCGGCAGCCAAGGAUGCAGACGCCGCGAAGUGGGCAGAAGUAUUCAGCCAAAUCGUGGCGGACGGCCAAGUCCACGCCUCGCUCCGUGGCCUCACGCACACCUUGUUGAACCCUCCUCAGCGGCCCGGUGUCGAGGGACUCCCAAGGAACAGAGUCCACAGGUAUCGCAUCUCCUGGCGCGCGAAGAACCUCGACAAAUGGAUCUCCGCGCACGUGGGCGUGUGCCAUGGCCUCGACGCGCCAAUCUGGUGGGGCAGUGGAUGGCGCGCCGACUUUACCGAGCAGGACAAGCAGAUUCUCAAGAACGUCGUGGAGCCUUUCGGACGAUUCCUGUACGGCGAGGAUGCAACCGUAGGAGGAGGGAUCAAGGGAGAGAGAUAUCUCCGAUGGAUUGACUCCCAGGGUAACGCGCACGAGGAUCAUGAGGAUGAGUUGUGGGAGCGGGGCAUGCUGAUCUGGGAUAGAGUCUGGGAAGCACAGAAGGACCUUGUGGCGAAGGAGAAGGAGUUGUCGAGCAUGCUAUGA